AUGAAUCGUUUUGGUGAUAUUGAUGUUUCGUUUACAAGACUGCCUCCUGUUUAUGGUUAUCAUGCUGAAAAACUGGUUCCAAUUGAAAAAGCACUUGAGCCUAUCGAACCUCAAAUUAAUGAACUGCCUCGUUUUGUGAAGAUAGCUAAACGAUAUUGUCAUUUCCCAUCAGAACACGAAUUAACACAUGAUGAAUCAGCUGCUAUUUAUAUCUAUACAAUGGAAUGGGGUGACACUUCUUUGUAUCGUGUGUUAAAUCAAGCAUUACGAUCUGAAAACCGGCAAGCAUUAAAGAUAUGGUUUUCAUAUUUAAAACUGUUUCAUACAGCGUUGGAUAAGUUACCUACUGUCAAAGGGGCAGUAUGGAGAGGUGUACCUCUUGAUAUUGGCCAGAAGUUCAUAAAAAAUCAAACUGUUACUUGGUGGAGUAUUAAUUCUUGUUCCUCCUCAGUAAAAGUUAUUGAAAAUUUCAUCGGCAACGGCGAAAAUGCAACUCUCUUUUUAAUUGAAGCUAUUCACGGGAAAAAAUUUUCUGGCUACACAGAACAUGAAAGUGAAGAUGAAAUUAUUUUACCAAUCGGUUCACAAUUUCGCGUGAAUAGCGAUGUUUUAAAGCAAUCGAAUGGUUCACAUAUUGUACAUUUAAUUGAAAUUGAUGACGACAUUGAUCAUCCAUUACCACCGGGUAAGCUAUUUAUACUUUUUCUCAAUGAAAUAAGGCUUCUGUAUGAUACAUACGUGUAA